GUCAGGAAGAAAGCAUGCAGAAGAAGUAGAAGACCAUCGUCUCAGACAGCAGAGCCUGGAGGCAUCAGAUGAUGGAGGAGACAUUCCAGUGAUCCCCGACUUGGAGGAAGUCCAGGAGGAAGAUCUGGCCAUGCAAGUGGCAGCUCCCCCCAGUGUGCAGGUGAACCGAGUGCUGACCUACCAUGACCUGGACAAAGAUCUUAUGAAGUGUGCUGCCUUUCAGACUCUGGAUGGAGAGGUUGACCUGAAGCUUCUCACCAAAGUUUUGGCUCCAGAGCAUGAACUACGAGAGGAUGAUGUCAGCUGGGAUUGGGACCAUCUCUUCACAGAGGUGUCCUCAGAACUAGUGACUGAGUGGGACCUGGGACAGUCUGAGAGAGAGGACCACCUCAGUCUGCCCUAGAGCACUGGCGCACCAGACAUCUCAUACACGCAUCCCCUGUAAAUAGUUUAGCAUUUAAUUUUCUAUUCACUUGUUUGUAUUUGAGAAUUUAUUUCAGACAUGAAAAUAAAUAGGACCUUGCUUCAUA